CGUGUUUACAUCUUUAUUAAAUUGUUGUGAUAUUUUUCAGUUAGUUUUCAACAAAAGUACCAACCAUGUUGCGAAGACAAGCUCGUCUUCGCCGUGAAUACGUUUAUAGAAAAACUCAAGAGAAUAAACUCAGGACAAUUCAAGAAAACAAGCAGGCAAUAAAAAAUUCUUUGGAUGAAAAUAAAAGAAUUCCAAGUCAUUUGUCUGAAAAAGCAAUUGACAUUCAAAAAACCAUAGGGUGGGACGAUGAAGGAGGCGAGGGAGCAACUACUAACGAAGAUGAUGAAUACAAAUGGGCUGGAGUAGAAGAUCCAAAAAUUAUUGUCACGACUGCUAGAGAUCCAAGUUCAAAAUUGAAAGAAUUUGCAAAAGAAAUGAAAUUGCUGUUUCCAAAUAGUCAAAGGAUAAAUCGUGGUCAUUAUGAUAUUAAACAACUUGUUGAAGCAUGUAGAGCCAACAGUGUAACAGAUCUUGUAAUCAUUUCUGAACACAGAGGAACACCAGUUGGGUUAAUUGUGUCACAUUUACCAUAUGGACCUACUGCCUAUUUCUCACUUUUCAAUGUGGUCAUGCGACAUGACAUACCAGAUGUUGGGACUAUGUCAGAGGCUUAUCCUCAUCUUAUUUUUCAGAACUUUUCUUCAAAGUUGGGAAACCGAGUGAAAAAUAUUUUGAAAUUCCUUUUUCCAGUGCCAAAAGAGGACAGUAAAAGAAUUAUGACAUUUAUGAAUGAUGAUGACUUUAUUUCAUUUAGGCAUCAUGUUUAUGAAAAGGGUGAGGGAAAAGAAAUAAAACUGAAGGAGGUUGGGCCAAGAAUGGAAAUGAAAAUUUAUCAAAUUAUCCAAGGAACUAUUGAAAACAAAUCUACUGCAGAUAUAGAAUGGGUACACAGACCUUACAUGAACACUGCUAAGAAAAGAAAAUUUUUAUCUGAUGAAGUGUAAAAUUGUAUUUAAUAAACUGUAAAUGUUU